GGAUAGCGAUGUGCAGAUCCGCGCACUGGGGGACGAAUGGAACUUGCACAGAGCCUACCUGUGUCAGUCAGGCUACUUCGCUAGCAUGUUCAGCGGUGCCUGGCGGGAGACAACUAUGAAUACAAUUGAACUGCAGAUGCCUGACAAGAACAUCGAUCGUGAGGCCCUGCACGAGGCUUUUGGCUCGCUGUAUGGAGACGCAGUGCUCAUCCCACCUAGCAGAGUCAUUUCCAUUCUGGCCACCGCCAGCAUGCUGCAGCUGGAAGAGCUUAUCCAACAGUGCGGGGAGGUCAUGAAGGAGACAGUCAGCGCCCAGACCGUAUGCGGCUACUACUAUUCUGCUGAGAACUAUGGGCUCGAGAGCGUCAGAACCAUGUGCCUUGAGUGGCUCCUGGACAAUCUGAUGACACAGCGUAAUGAGGAGCUGUUGCGAGAGGUCAGCCAGGAUCUCAUGAAAGAGCUCAUCGCCUCUUCAGAACUCUUGGUGAUUGAGGUGGAAAUGGACGUGUACACCACACUGAAAAAGUGGAUGUUCUUGCAGCUGCAACCAGCGUGGAGGGGGCCCCGCAGAGCCUUAUUGCCAGAUGCUGAUGCUUGGUUCGCCAGGCACAGGAGGGAAUUGGAGGGUGCCCCUUUCUUGGAUACCGAGCAGGGAAGAGCCUUUGUGCCUGUGUUUCAGCAGCUGCGGCUUGCGUACAUCAUCUGCGACCUGCCAUCAGCACGUAUCAUUGACCAGGACUCACUGAUUCCUGCCACGUGGCUGACCCCGGUUUACAAAGAACAGUGGCUUGCCCUGCUCCGAGCUGAGCAGACCAGGGAGCUCGGACCUGCGGAAGUGUGCGUGUCCAGCUUCCAGGGAAGCAGCAUGCGUUGCGGUGGCCAGCUCCGCAGGGAUGAGCAGUGCAGCUGGCGGUGGGCCGGCUUCAACUUUGGUUGGGAUCUGGUGGUGUGCUACACGAACCGGCGCAUCAUAUUCCGGCGCAGUGCAUUGAACAAGUCCUGUGGCCUCGGGGUCAGCUUACUCUGGCAGAGAAAGGUUGCAUUCCGCCUGCGUCUGGCCUCUUUGGACAAGGCUGGAAGAGCUGUUUUCAGGAAGGACACAGAAUACCAGAUGCUUUCUCUAAGAAAAGAUCAAGAGCUAGAGAUAGUGAACCUGGAGGGCCAAGAUGUGGUAUUCCCGAUGUAUAUCACCUGUAACUUUCUGUACCUUCCUCCAGAGGGGCACUGCCAAGAGUGAAGAUUUGCACAAAAGUCCAGAGAGCUGAGUAGCUCUUCCCUGGAAGACAGGGAGGGGCAUUGGGCUUGAGUUAUCAGCUCCCCUUGCAGAAUCAACCAGCCUUGCCCAUCU